AUGUUCACUGCUUUCACUGUAGUGGUGUUAUUCACAAUUGGGAGAAAAAAGAUAUACCGUGGCAUGAACAUGCUAAAUGUAUUUAAUAUAUCAGAUACGAUUGUGCCUCUUACACCUGAAAAAGAGAAUACUGAGAUUCAUAUAUCUCAAGCAACUUUACCCAAUGCAGAAAACAUGGAAACCCCUGCAUCUCUAGAAGCUGUUCCCGAAGCAAAUAAUGCCGAGAAUUAUCACAUAUGUAAAAAGUGUUUCAUGGCAGAAAAAAAGAGACUAGCAAGUUUUGAUAACUGGCCUGAAUGUAUUCAUCAAAAACCACAAGCUCUUGCCGAAGCUGGCUUUUAUUAUAGAGAAAAGAGACUAGCGAGCUUCAAUAACUGGCCUAAAUGCUUUGACCAAAAACCACAACCACAAACUCUUGCCGAAGCUGGAUUCUAUUAUGAAGUACCUGUAUCUGGAAUAGACAAACCAUAUAUAAUCGUACCUCCUUCAACUCUGAUAAAAGUUAUACCCGAACCACAUGUUGAUGAGUUUCCUCCACUUGUUCUGGAACUUGGGCUAGAUUAUGAUCCUUCUAAGGACAAUUAUCAUCCCAUUAACGAUGCCUUCUGGAAGCAGGGUGAAGAGACACCUUAUAUGGCUCUAGUCAACACUAUGAAAUUGAUUGAAAAAACAAACGGUCGUUUGAAGAUUAUUGAGACAUUGGCAAAUUUCUUCAGAUCUGUUAUUGUCUUGUCUCCAGAUGAUUUAUUAUGUUGUGUCUACCUAUGUCUCAAUAAAAUAGCACCUGCCUUUGAAGGCACCGAGCUGGGUAUAGGAGAAAAUAUUCUUAUGCGAGCAAUUGCCCAAGCUUCAAGACAUAGUAUUGAGAAGAUUAAACAAGAUAGAAAACAGAAAGGUGAUCUCGGUAUUGUUGCUGAACAAUGCCAUUCGACUGAAAGAAUCACAAAUAUGCCAAAUUUGACAGUAAAAGAUCUCUUUGACCAGCUGAAAGAAAUUGCAUCUCUAGCUGGCAAUGAUGCUCACGGUAAAAAGAUUGACAAGAUAAAGGAUAUAUAUAUUGCCUGUCGAGCUUCCGAAUCCCGUUAUCUUGUCCGAUCUCUCAAUGGAAAACUUCGCAUUGGUUUGGCCGAGAAGUCGGUUCUGCAGGCCAUAGCCCAAGCUAACUACCUUACACCUCCAGGUCAAAAAUAUCCACCGAAUAUUAUUAAUGCGGGCAAAACAAUAGGUUCAAAACAGUUAAAAAAACAAUUUGAAAAGUACGGUACAAUACUAAGCACGAUCUACAAUGAAUUCCCUUCAUAUGAUAAGAUCAUACCAAUCCUUUUAACCGAAGGGAUUGAGGAACUCCCCAAAUACUGCUCCCUUACCCCUGGAAUUCCAUUGAAAUCGAUGUUAGCUCAUCCUACUACUGGAAUUUCUGAAGUCUUGAAGCGUUUUGAGAAUGUCAAGUUUACUUGUGAAUUCAAGUAUGAUGGGGAGAGAGCACAGAUCCAUUUAAAGGAUGAUGGUACAAUCAAUAUAUAUAGUAGGAAUCAAGAAAAUAACACAACCAAAUAUCCCGAUGUUAUUUCCAUCUUGAGAAAUGUAUUGGGAAAAGAUGUUAAAUCAUGUAUCAUUGACGCGGAGGUUGUGGCUUGGGAUAAAGAAAACCAGCAAAUCUUACCCUUCCAAGUCCUAAGUACCAGAAAGAGAAAGGGUGUUAAUGAAAAGGAUCUCAAAGUACACAUAUGUAUAUUUCCCUUUGAUUUGCUUUAUCUGAAUGGCGAAUCACUGGUCAAGAAGUCAUUCGAGAUACGUCGUACUCUAUUACGAAAUAAUUUUAAAGAGAAAGAAGGGAGAUUUAUCUUUGCAAAGAAUAUGGACUCCACUAAUACAGAAGAUAUUGAAGAAUUUAUGGAGGAAUCCCUUAAAGAAAAAUGUGAGGGUCUCAUGAUCAAAUCUCUGGAUGUGAAUGCUAUUUACGAUAUAGGAAAACGAUCACACAAAUGGUUAAAAUUGAAGAAGGACUACCUUAAUAGAAUGGGGGAUACAAUUGAUGUUGUGGUCAUUGGAGGCUAUUUAGGCCAAGGCAAGCGCACUGGGCAAUAUGGAAAGUUUCUUGUAGCUUGCUAUGAUGAAACUAAAGACAAAUUCCAGUCUUUGUGCAAGAUUGGUACGGGUUUUACAGAACAAAAUUUACAAGAAUGUUCUACCCUUUUCCAACAAUACAUUGUAGAAAAACCAAUGACUAAUUAUAGUUAUGAAAAUGGUACUGGUCCUGAUCACUGGUUUAAGCCUGUGAAAGUUUGGGAGAUUAAGUGUGCAGAUCUUUCCCUUUCACCUAUAUACAAAGCUGCAGUAGGACUGGUUGAUCCAGAAAAGGGCAUUUCUUUGAGAUUUCCAAGAUUUGUAAGAAUUCGUGAUGAUAAAAAUCCUAAAGAAAUCACAAAUGCAGUACAGAUUGCAGACCUCUACAAUAACCAAUACCAGAUGAAAAAUAAUAAGAAAUAA